UUCGUUAAAAAAAGCGAGGUGAGGUUUGGCUUUGCUUUUGAUUAUGAUUAUGAUUAGAUGUUGUAGACGACCGAAACCCUAAACUGUGGUUAUCAGGAUGUCUACAGCAGUAGCAGCCAGUGAACCAGAUGUGCUUACAGAGGUUCCAGAAGCACUGAAAACUUUGGCAAGAUAUGUAGCCAGGGGUUUCUAUGGAAUAGAGUAUGCCUUAGUAAUUGACAUGUUAGUACGAAACCCAUGUAUGAAAGAAGAAGACAUGGCAGAACUUCUAAAAUAUGAUCGCAAGCAACUUAGAACCAUCAUGAACACUUUGAAAAGUGACAGAUUUAUAAAAGUCAGAAUGCGUGUAGAGACAGAUUCUGAAGGGAAAACCACACGGCAUAAUUACUAUUUCAUUAAUUAUCAAGUUUUUGUGAAUGUAGUCAAAUACAAGCUAGAUCACAUGAGGAGGAAAAUUGAGACACAAGAAAGGGACUCAACCAGCAGAUCCUCUUUUAUUUGCCCAGAAUGCCAUAAAAGUUACACAGACCUAGAAGCCAAGGAAUUGUUAGACAUGGCCACAUUCACAUUCAGGUGUACAUACUGUAGAACAGAGGUGGUGGAGGAUGAGAGUGCAGUGCCAGUUCAGGAUGCCAGGGCAGUGCUGGCCAGAUUUAAUGAACAAAUGGAGAGAUUAUACAAAUUGCUCCGCGAGGUGGAAGAUGUGAAACUCUCACAAGAUAUCCUUGAACCAGAACCCACAGAUAUUCGGACAAUUACAGGGCGGGCUCAUGGAAGUUCCCACCCCAAGAAUCCAGCAGCAGGGGACAAGACGGUGUGGAGUGGAGAACUCACUAAGAACAGGGCUUAUGGUUUUGCUGAAAAUACAGUCACUAUCAGCAUGGGUGAAGAAGACCACCAGACAGGAUCUGAGACAAAACCAGUAAAGGAACGUCCUAUUUGGAUGGUGGAAAGCACUGUGGAUGGAGCUGUGGCAGAAACAACACCCCAGGAAAUUAAACCAGGUCUGUCAACACAAGAACCUUCCACUGUCCGUGCACAGGACAGUGAGGACAUCAUGCGCACACUUCUGGUACAUGAGAAGAAGACUGCUGCUGUGGGCCUGCCAGGCUUACCUGGGGGCAGUGAUGAUGAAAGCUCAUCUAGUGACUCUGGAGAUGAGGCAUCAAAGCCAGCUGCAGCCAUCCUGGGAGGCAGUGCUGAAGCUGUUGAUGAAAUGGAAAGUGAUGAGGAUGAUGAGGCUGAGCCUAUGGUGACAAUAGGUGACAAAAAGAUCCCAUUCCAUGAGGUAACAGAUGAUAUGGUACACCAGAUGACACCCUCUGAAAAAGAAACCUUCAUCAAAAUGGGACAAGACAUGUAUGCUGAUAUGUAUGAGUGAUAAUUGGAAUUUUUCAGACAAAAACAGAAAUCAGAAUGAGAUGACGAAACAGUCAGCAUAAAAGAUAAAUUGUGACAAAAAGUCAUGACAUUAAGGCUAGAUGAGUUUUUAAGAUGUACUUAUGAAUGCAUGUCAAGCUUCACAGGUUCAGGUUCUGUUAAGGAUUCUAGUACAGGAAGAUUUUGGGAGUACAGUUCAUGUCAUCAUGAGCUCUUGCCUUCACAUUUGAGAAAACAACAACUGGGCAGAAGAAACACAGCUCAGAAAAACUGGUCGUUAAAUCUUUUGAAUAUCUUAAAAUGUCUGCAGAAGAAGGUUGUCUACAUUUGCAUAAGGUAAUACUACUGUUAAAAGAUUAUGUGUGUCUUUUCUGAUCUCAAGUGUUUAAGGAAUUAAAUAUUUGUAGUCUGGCCCAUACGAAAUUUGACAGGGCUGUUACAAUUUACUUUGAAAGUCUUGUGCGAAGUUGUCUCUAGAUUUGUCAUCCAAAUGUUAAUCUCUUCUCAAAUGGUCAUUGCCACUGUUAGACAAUGAGAAUAGUAUAUUAUUUGCUGAUGCCAUCUCUCUCAGAUACAUAAAGCUUACACUUGACUUCAAUUUUUGCCUUUAAUAAUAAAACUAGUGGUGUUCACUAAGGUUCAUAUAGUUUCAGAAAUACUGGUCCAUGAAUCAAAUAUGGCCGACCCACUUGAAUGCUCGUUGCGUAAUCCUAGCAGGGAAUCUAUUCAGUGUCCAUUAGUGGGUUAGAUGGCAAGCUUUUAAGUGGGUCACCAUAUUUGAUCUACGGAGUAGUUAGUCCACUAUUGUUAAUGCGGCCUUACAGUUGAUCAGACACCUUAACAAAAGAAUUACUCUAGGUUAAUAAGUUGACCAACAUCAGCCACAAUGUUAUCAAGUGUGCCUGUGUUUUAAGUGGCUUCUUAUUAGUCAUUUUUGAGCUGUUUCUGCUUGUGUUUGCUCACUGUGACAUAAGUUGUAAGGGGGCAUAAACCUGCAAGAUACAAGUUUUCAUCCAGUCAGGGGGCAACACCCUAAGUGGGGGCAAAUGUUUAUAUGUGGUGAUAACUUAUGAAUCUGAAUUAUUAUUUCCCUGCACUUGUUUUCAUAUUAUAUAAUAAGUGGUUUCUAUUUAUAUAUCUUUUUCCUUUGAAAAAUUGAUUGCAUAGCAAUUAAAAGUUGACAAGUUUCCUAGAAUGCAGUUUUUUUAUUGAUUAAUUCAAUGUAGUUCACUUACAAAAUUAUAUUAUUUUGUUUUCAGAUAUCGUAAAUAGAACCCAAAAAUGUUGAUUUUCUACACCACUUAUUAUAUGACUCAUUUAAGAUAGAUCACCCAUAGUUAAGACAUGAAAUAACUGAUGCACCUUGAAAUAUCUGAAUUUGCAGUUACUUGUUAUUAAUGUAUAUGUCAAAGUAAUUUGACAUGUUCGCAUGGUUUAAUUUAUUAGUAUUUGAGUUUUUUUUUUACAGAAUUGGCUAUAUGUAUUUAUAUAACCGAACUUUGUACUUCCCUUUGCAGGUGUAAAAUCAUUUUAGUUACAACAUAUAUUUCACUGCUUCCUCUACAUAUUUAAAAAGUUUCCUUCAGACUGAGUAUACAACUUCUAAAAACCUACGAUAUUGCAUAGAAUAGAAAUAAGGUAUUGCUGGUAUUGCUGUUCAUAUGCAUCAGACAAAAUACACACCAUGUUAAUUAUUGUCUCAUGCUUGACUAAGAUACUUAAUGCAACAGUUUGAAAUAUGAUCAGCUUUGCUUUUGUCUACUAAAUUUUUUUGAUAUUAAAGCACUGCAAAUUUUAUCAAUUUAUGAUUUGAGGAUGUCAACUCUAGUGACAUAUCUAACUCUCCAGGGGACUGUAUCACCAUACCACAUGAAUAAAGAUGAAUACACUAGAUGA